AUGUCGUCUUCCCCGAACAACGCGGCAGGGACUGCCGCAGCUGCUCCGGCCCCGCCCCCUGUCCCGGUUCAGUUCGUCCGCCUUCGCGAAACUGUCUCCCAGCCCGUCGUUGCAGCCUUCUGCGCCGGAGGUGUUGCCGGUGCCGUCUCCCGAACCGUUGUUUCGCCUCUUGAGCGACUCAAGAUCUUGUUCCAAAUCCAGAGCGUUGGAAGAGAUGCUUACAAGCUGUCCGUUGGCCAGGGUCUAGCAAAGAUGUGGAGGGAGGAAGGCUGGAGAGGUUUCAUGAGAGGCAACGGAACCAAUUGCGUCCGCAUUGUGCCCUACUCUGCUGUCCAAUUCGGCAGCUACAACUUCUACAAAAGGAGCAUCUUUGAGUCGACCCCUAAUGCAGACCUCUCUCCAAUCGCCCGUCUAACCUGUGGCGGUAUGGCUGGUAUCACGUCCGUCUUCUUCACAUACCCGCUUGACAUUGUUCGCACCCGACUGUCCAUUCAGUCUGCGUCCUUUGCCGAGCUGGGUCCCAGAUCCGAAAAGCUCCCCGGCAUGUGGGCCACCAUGGUCAAGAUGUACAAGACUGAGGGUGGUGUCUCUGCCCUGUACCGAGGCAUUAUUCCUACUGUCGCUGGUGUCGCUCCCUACGUCGGCCUCAACUUUAUGGUCUACGAGUGGGUUCGCAAGUACUUGACCCCUGAGGGCGACAAAAACCCCAGCGCUGUCCGGAAACUGCUGGCUGGUGCUAUCUCUGGUGCCGUUGCCCAGACCUGCACCUACCCCUUCGACGUCCUGCGCCGAAGAUUCCAGAUCAACACCAUGACGGGUAUGGGCUACCAGUACAAGUCCGUCACUGAUGCCGUCAAGGUCAUUAUUGCCCAGGAGGGCCUCAAGGGCAUGUACAAGGGCAUCGUCCCCAACCUGCUCAAGGUCGCACCCAGCAUGGCCUCGAGCUGGCUCAGUUUCGAGUUAUGUCGUGACUUCUUGGUCUCCCUCAAGCCUGAGGCCGACUCUGAGACGCCCAUGUGA